AUGGCUGGCCCUUUGUGUAAGGUCUUCAUUCUGCUGGUGCUACUGAAGCCCAGUGACGGACUAUUUCGUGCCCUGUACCAAAAUGUCCGGGUUUACACUCCAAGAAAAGGAAUCUCAGGAAGGCCCUUAUUCCUGACCCAGUAUAUUGAAGCUAGGAGCAUCGAAGCAGGGAGAGAAUUGAGUUUUGUCAGUCCUUUCCCAGGGACACGUCUGAAGAGUUACUCAGGGUACCUCACCGUGAAUAAGACGUACAACAGCAACCUGUUCUUCUGGUUCUUUCCCGCCCAGGUCCAGCCAGCAGAUGCUCCAGUACUUCUUUGGCUACAAGGAGGGCCGGGAGGCUCUUCGAUGUUUGGCCUCUUUGUGGAACACGGACCUUAUGUUGUCACAAGCAACAUGACCCUGCGCCUCAGAGACUUCUCGUGGACCACCACGUUCUCGAUGCUGUACAUCGACAAUCCCGUGGGCACCGGCUUCAGUUUUACUGAUGAUCCCCAGGGAUACGCAGUCAAUGAAGAUGAUGUGGGGAGACAUUUGUACAGUGCACUGAUCCAGUUUUUCCAGUUGUUUCCUGAAUACAGACAGAAUGAAUUUUAUGCGACUGGGGAAUCAUAUGCAGGGAAGUAUGUGCCUGCCAUUGCAUACUACAUCCACACCCACAACUCCAUGGCCAAGGUGAAGAUCAACUUGAAAGGAAUUGCUAUUGGAGAUGCAUAUUUUGACCCUGAAUCAAUCAUAGGGGGCUAUGCAACGUUCCUGUACCAAAUUGGCUUGUUGGAUGAAGCGCAGAGAAAGUACUUCCAGAAGCGUUGUGACGAGUGUAUAAAGCAGAUCAAGACGAAGAACUGGAUGCGGGCCUUUGAAAUAUUGGAUAUCCUACUAGAUGGCGACCUAACAAAUGAACCUUCUUACUUUGAGAAUGCUACAGGAUGUACUAAUUAUUAUAACUUUUUACAGUGCAAGGAACCCGAAGACCAAACUUACUACGGGAAAUUUUUGUCACUCUCAGAAGUGAGACAUGCUCUCCAUGUGGGAAACCGGAAUUUCAGCGAUGGUUCUGACGUUGAAAAGCAUUUGCGAGAAGAUACCGUGAAGUCCGUGAAGCCGUGGUUAAUUGAACUCAUGAAUAACUACAAGGUUCUGAUCUACAAUGGUCAGCUGGACAUCAUCGUGGCUGCCCCCCUGGUGGAGCGCUCCUUGAUGGCCAUGAACUGGAAAGGCCUCGAGAGAUACAGGACGGUGCAGAGGAAAGUGUGGAAGAUCUUUAAAUCCGACGAUGAAGUGGCUGGCUAUGUGCGGCAAGUUGAUAACUUCUGCCAGGUAAUUGUUCGCGGGGGAGGACACAUCUUGCCCUAUGACCAGCCUCUGAGAUCUUUCGACAUGAUGAAUCGUUUUAUUUUUGAAAGGGGGUGGGACCCUUAUGGGGAAUAACGUCUCUUCCUACAAGGGAAGUUUAGAGAUUUUCAUGUUUGAAAUAGAAAAUCUUAAGAU